CAGACAAGAAAAUAAGCUGAUAUAUACUCAUGUCUUAACCUUGGUAAUUGCAUACAUUAAUACGUUAUCCCAUAUAAAUAAAUAAUGACAUCAAUUACAGAACUGUUCCUCAGACAUUUCUUUCUGAGGCUCAGUUUCAUUCGCUUUCCUAGCCUUUCUUUUCCUUUCAAUUCCCUCAAUCUCACUUUUCCUUCCCUUCCAUUCUCAUCCCGUCAUAUUCAUUCCCUUCCCUUCCGCUCUCUUCCUAUCUUCCUUCAAGCUGUCCCUUCUUAAAUGUUACCCUCACGACCCGUUGGAAAGCCCAUUGACAUGUUUCUCAUUUUGUGGUAUUUAGUUAUAUUUUCGUGAAGAUGUGACCCAGUGAGAAGUUAUCGCAACCCAGGGCAGUAGCGUGACGCCUAUUUUGAAGUUUCCUGUAUCAGUCGUCACGAACGCAUUUUCUUGGUCGUUUAAAGUUCGAUGUAUUUCAGGUCACGACGCAGUAUGUCGGUCUUUUGAAAUUUCUUGUAUCAGACGUCACGACACUUAGUAAAACUCAGGUGUUUCGGUCUUGCUUACAGUCCGAGGUCCAGCAGGAUGUCACGGAAGUCCCUGCUGUUACUGGCGGGGUUGUGGGUGGCUCUAGCGACCUCUGACGUCCCUAACAGCCCCUCUCCUCCUACGAUAACACCUGCUGCUACCACGACCGCUACUACUGAGCCGUCGGGGAGGAGCAUAACGCCCCCUCCUGAUGUCACGGCUGAGGUUAUCAUCCUCGCUACCCCUUCGGACAUUACCACGACGCCCCAUGAAGUCAGUCCUAGGGUAGCGAGUCUUGGCAGCACCCACGUCAGUAUCUCCCCCACCAGCUCUUCGUCGCAUGCUUCUGAAGGUUCUACAAACACCAGGGUGCCUCAAAGUGGGCCGCGGGUGCUGUCGAAGCGUUCUGAGGCCCGGGGGUUGUUGGUGGGUGAGAGGGCCAAGCUGGGUGUGUGUUCCCCGCCCACCGCCACCCGCUACCUCACCGUCACGUCCACCCAGGUCGUCCCCACCGUCACCUACGCCACGGCGACGCAGUACAUCCCCACCGUCAUCAGUAAGGAGCUGACGGAGUUGGUGGUGCGGACGUCGACGCUGGGGCUCACGCAGACGGUAACCACCUACGCCAGGCCAGUCCUCAUUACCCAAACUCAGGUGUUCACGGCGCCCAGGUACGUGACGCAGGUACAGCGACACACCCAGACCAGAUACGUCACGGACACGCACACACGCACGUACACGGACACGCUGGCGCAGACGGCGGUGCUGACGCAUACGAGGGUCACCACCAGCACCGCCUACGCCACCGUCACCACCACCACCACCACUACACUCCACCGCACCGUCCAGUACACCGCCACCAGGACACAGUACGUGACAAGAACCGUGAGUCGCGCCCAGUACUUCGUGCAGACCCUCACCUCGCCCUACCGCGUGUACCAGACCGUCACCCACACCACCACAGAGGACGAGUACAUCACCUCGACAUCGGUCCACAUCACCACGCUCUUGGUCAGCAGCUGCUCCCCCUCCCCCAUGUACACCCGUCCUGUGAAGGCUCCCUACUAUUACUAAGCGGACGUGGGAUGGGCGAGGGAGCAAGGGAAGGAUUGAGGAAGGGGAGGAGGAAGGGUGGUUGGAAGAAUGGUGUUGUGAAAGGAUUGGUGAGGUAACAGUGUAUUAGGGAAGUAAUAGUAAGGGAUUGACGAGGGGAGAGGAAAAGGUAAAGGUGAGGGGAGAGGGAGAGGUAGGGGUGAGGGGAGAGGAAGACCUUGCUGAGAGGGUGAAGAAGAAGUGAAAGAAUGGUGAAAGAAAAGGAGGAAGAGGAAAUAGGGAAAGGAUUGAGGGACUGGUGAAGGAAGAAGACACGCAGACAGGUGGAGAGGAGGAGAAAAAGUGGGGAAGAAAAGGGGAAAGAAUAACCGGUGGAAGAAAAAAAACAGGAGGAGAGGAACUGAGGAGAAUAUAUGGAAAGUGGAGAAAGGACAGACAGCAAGAGAAACAAGAUGACGGAGGAGGCAGAAAUAAAGAAAAAAAUACUUACAAAACAGAAGGAAGAUAAAACAGUAGGAGAAAGUAUUGAAAAGAGAAUUAAGGUAGAAAGAGACAGUAAGGUAAGGAGGAGGAAGGGGGAUGAAGAGAAAGGGAGAGUAAGGACAAGGGUAUGAAGGAACAGAGGAGGAUGAAAAGACGAGAGAAAGGAGGAGGUGAAGGAAUGACGAAGGGAGAGGAACAGGGUGAGAAGGGUGCAUGGAGAGGUGAGAGAAGGGAGAAGGGUGAGAAGACAGGAUGACGGUGAAGGAACGUAUAGUGAGAGAUUGAGGAGAGGGGAGGCAGAGGGCGAAGAGGAGGAAGGGAGAAUGAAGGAAUGAGGAAGGAAGGAAGGAAGGGCGAGGGAGAAAUGAGGAGGUAGAGGUCAAGGUAAUUUCUGAGGCAAGGAAAGGAAGAAAAGGUAAAAAUUGUCUACUUUGAUUUGUCUUCUGGUAAUUUUGGGGUUGAAGAUU